UUCCCUGUGGAGGACUGCUGACAUCUCGUAAGGGGACCAUCCUUUCUCCUGGUUACCCAGAGCCCUACGCCAACUAUCUCAACUGUAUCUGGAAGGUCUCUGUGCCAGAGGGAGCAGGCAUCCAAAUCCAGGUCAUAAGUUUCUCCACGGAACACAACUGGGACUCCUUGGACUUUUUUGACGGAGUCGAUGGCGACGCGCCAAGGCUUGGCAGCUAUUCAGGUACGACCAUCCCCCAGCUCCUGAACAGCACCUCCAACAACAUCUACCUGACCUUCCAGUCCGACAUCAGUGUGUCUGCAGCAGGCUUUCACCUGGAGUAUACAGCUCAGUGCGGAGGCUCUAUGACAGACUUCAGUGGUGUGAUCCUGAGUCCAGGCUUCCCAGGGAAUUACCUCAGCAGUCUGGACUGUAGCUGGAGUGUACAGCUCCCCGUAGGCUUCGGCAUUCACCUGCAGUUUCUAAACUUCUCUACCGAAGCGGUGCAUGACUAUCUGGAGGUGCUCAGUGGGAGUUUGGAGACGGGUUCUGUGAUUGACAGGUUCAGUGGGUCUGUUGUGCCCGGCUCUCUGUUCAGCACCACACAUGAAACCAGCUUCUUGUUCCACAGUGACUACUCCCAGAACAAACCAGGCUUCCACAUCAUCUACGAGGCCUAUGAGCUCCAGCGCUGCCCUGACCCGAGGCCGUUCCGUAACGGCGUGGUGAUAGGCCGAGACUUCGGGGUGGGCCUGACCAUCUCGUUUGAAUGCCUGCCAGGUUACACCCUGAUAGGAGAGGUCUCACUCACCUGCCUGCAUGGGGUCAGCAGAAACUGGAACUACCCUGUACCAUGCUGUGAGGAGUGA